AUGUCAACAGCAUACAAAACCACCGCUGCUAUGUUCGCACUGCUCGCAGUUGGCCAUACGCUUGCGAGCAAAUCGUUCAUGAGUGAUCCGCAGUUCAAGGGCCUGCCACGGCAUGUGGGCGCCUUUUCGAGAGCUGGGUGGUAUCAGGGAAGCAUCUUCUUUCUCAUUGUUGCAUUAACCAACUACCGCUGGUCCCAAUCGGCGCAGGGUGCCCUAUCCGAUCCAAUUGAAAAAGGCAUCGCCGCUCUAACGUCCAUCCUCUGCUUCGGUACAUCCGCAUGGUACAACAAGAAUGGUAUUAGAGACACAGCAGCCGUUGUUGGGUUUGCUGGCAUGGUGCAGAGUUAUGCUGCUUUUCUCUCGAAAGCAUGA